AUGGACGCCUUUGACAUCGCCAAGACGCUCCUCUCCAUGCGGGCGCCCGAGCCCGACGCGGCCGGCGACGCCGGCGACGGUUCCGGAACCGUCGAAGGCCUCUCGCUCUUCCGCCGGGUCACCGGGGGCGAGCGGCAGCUGAGCCCGCGGUGCAUCGCGGACGCCGACGACCUCGCGUCGGUGGUGACGCAGGGGUCGACGGACCCCAAGCCCCGGGGCGCGCGGCGGAAGCGCGCGUCGCCCGGCCGGGCGCCGGCCGCGGCGCCGGGCGUGUCGUGGGGCCCCGAGGUCGGCGGCGCCGCGGCGGCCUGGGCGCGCCGCGAGGCCGCGGGCCCCCAGUCCGGCUUCGCGUCGGCCGUCGCCGCCGCCGCGGUCGCGCGGUCGCAGCAGCGGCGGACGGCCGGCGCGCCGGCCGCGGCGCCGCGGGGCCGGGGCGCGCCGCACGCCGUCGCCUUCGAGAACUGGCCGGCGCCGCGCCAGGCCUACGGCGCCGUGCGCGCCCUGCCGCCGCCCGUCGCCGGCGGCGUGUCCCUCGCGCUGAGCCGCGACUCCUUCGCGGGCCUCGUCGUCGACACGGCGCGCGAGGAGACGGCGUCGUCGACGGCGUCGGGCCUGCGCCUGUCCUACGUCGACGGGGCGACGCUCCGGGGCUGCGCGCGCCGCGCGGCGGACCCCGCGCCGGCGCCGCGCGCCGCGCCCGUGUCGGCGGCGUCGACGCCCGCGGGCUCCGUCGCGCACACGCCGUCGUCGUCCGCGCCCGGGUCGCCGGCCGCGUCCGCCGGCCGCGCGCUCUUCCUCGACCUCCGGAGCCACGCGACGGACCUCGGGGCGUUGCGGGACGUCGGCGCGCGCGCGGCGCGGGUCGUCGCGGCGACGGGCUGCGUCGUCGUCCUCGCGUCGUCGACGAAGCCCGCGCACGCGACGGUGCUCUACGAAUCGCUCGGCGACCGGCUCCGCGUCGCCGCGCGCGUCGCCGUGCCCCUGGGCGGCCUCGCGUCGGACAGCGAGCGCCGCGUGCUCGAGAUCCUCCAGUGGCUCGCGUGCUCCGAGCGGCUCCACUCGUGGGCGGCGCUCGACCUCGACGGCCUCCGCGGCGCGUACCGGUCCGUCGCGCGCGCGGCCAAGGCGAACCCCACCUUCGGCGGCCGCUUCGUCGCCGCGCGGCGCCUCGACGACGCCGCCGAGACCGAGCUCGUGCGCCAACUCCUCGCCGACGAGCGCGGCUCCGCGGACGACGGCGUCGCGCUGCCGCCGCGGCCCCCGGCCCGCGCCGCGGCCGUCGGCCGCUGCGCGCAGCUCAAGCGGCCCGCGCCGCCGUCGCCGGGCCGGGGCCGGCCCGCGGUGGCGACGGUCGCCGUCGUCCGCGACGCCGCGCCGGGCUCGCCCGACGCCGACGCGCCGCGCAAGGAGCGGCCCCGGCCCAUCGUCGUCCCCGCGCCGCGGCCCCAGGCGCCGAGCCCGGCGCUCGAGGGCGCGGAGAACGCCAACUCGGCGCCGCGGUCGCCCACGUCGGGCCGCGCGGGCCGCAAGCUCCUGCGCUGCCUCGACGAGAACACGCCCACGGAGCGCUCCCCCUUCUCGCGGCCCGCGAACAAGCACUUCCGCGCCGCCGCCGCCGACGCGGCCGCCGCGCCGCCGGACGCGCCGCUCCUCCCCCAGCUCUCGCCCUUCACCAAGGUCGCCGCCAUAUGA